AUGAACUAUCCUGUACCAUCUUAUGGUGUAGCCGCACCAUCAGCUAAAUUUAAUAAAAAAACGAUUAUCAUCAUUAUUGUUAUUGCUGUUGUUGUUGGUUUGUUAAUCCUUGGUGCUAUAGCUAUUGCACUAGGUGUUGGUCUUGGAGUUGGUUUAUCAAGAAGAAAUAAUGCUUCAUCAAGUAAGAGUACUACUAGUACUUAUUCGAUUCUAUCAGCACCUACAGUUACUUGUACUUAUGGUGGUUCAGCCACAUGUGGAUGUGCUGCUACAAAACCAUCAUUUUUAACACCAAGAAUAACUCAAGGUUAUACUGGAACAGCUUAUUCUUGGCCAUGGAUUGUAGCACUCUAUAUAAACAAUGCUAAAGCAUUCUGUGGAGGAUUUCUUGUAUCUUAUCAACAUGUUGUAACAGCAGCUCAUUGUGUAUCGGGUGUAACACCAAGUACAAUUACAGUUUAUGCUGGUAUACAAACACUUUCAUCACGAAGUAGUAGUCAAUCUCGUGUUGUUUAUAAUUUAACUACACAUCCAAGUUAUUCAGCAUCAGAUCAUACAAAUGAUAUAGCUAUACUUACACUUCAAUCAGCAUUUGAUCAAACAUCAAUAGUUGGUAAAUGUUGUUUAACAUUCGAUAGUUCAUUACCAAGUAUUGGUGAACAUGCUGUUCUUGCUGGUUGGGGAGUAACAGCAUCAAGUAGUACAACUGUAUCAGAUCAGUUACUUCAAGGUGUUAUUCAAGUUCAAAGCAGGUCAUCGUCAUGUCCUAUUUCGUCGAGUAGCCUUCAAAUUUGUGCUGGUUAUGAUGGUACUGAUGCAUGUUAUGGUGAUAGUGGUAGUCCAUUGAUGACUAGUGUUAAUAAUUCAUGGACAUGUACUGGAAUUGUUAGUUCUGGAAGAAGUUGUGGACAAAGUAGUCUGUAUACUCGAGUUUCAGCUUAUCGAUCAUUUAUACAAGGAAUUAUUGGUAGUUAA